GACGCAGGGGAGCUAGCGGCGCCGGGAUGGUGCUGCUGGAGAGUGAGCAGUUCCUGACGGAGCUGACCAGACUCUUCCAGAAGUGCCGGUUGUCGGGCAGCGUGUUCAUCACCCUGAAGAAGUAUGAUGGCCGAACUAAACCCAUUCCAAGGAAAGGUUCUGUAGAGGGCUUUGAGCCCUCAGACAACAAGUGUCUGUUAAGAGCUACUGAUGGGAAAAAGAAGAUCAGCACUGUGGUGAGCUCCAAAGAAGUGAACAAGUUUCAGAUGGCUUACUCAAACCUAUUGAGAGCUAACAUGGAUGGGCUGAAGAAGAGGGACAAAAAGAGCAAGAGUAAGAAGAGCAAAGCAGCGCAGUGAAGGGCACCGGAGAUACACGUAGUUGCUUUGGUGCUUCCUA